AUGAUGGAGAAUAUGAAGGCAGAAGUAAGACGAUGUCGUCGAUGUAAAAGAAAAAGAAUAGAUGAUGAACCGAUGGAAGUUAGACAAUUUAAAACUUGUGCAAAAUGUAGAAUUAUUGAAAGGAAUAAAAAAAAUCUGAGAAAACCACUAGCUGAAGAAACCAUGUUGUAUGGAUUGAAACAAUUUCGAGAACAACAAUCAACUGAAAAUUAUAUUGAAGAAGAAGGAUUAUUAAAAGAUGAAUUUUUUAAGAGAUAUCACAAUAAACCAUUUAAUUAUGAUGUUGAAAUUAGAAAAGUACUAGGCGAUCCAAACUACGUUGCUCCAACGAUUGUAAAUAUGGAUGAAUCAGUUAUAUCCGCGGAUACUUUAUCACCAGGAGGUACAAGAUAUCAAAUGACACUUAAACCAAUUGACUCACAAGCUCCAUUAAAAUUAAAGAUUGAAAGAAUAAAAAAACCUAAACCUGCCAGCAUACCAAGAGCCACCCAUGCCAGAACUCACAAUUAUCAUCAACAACAGCAAAAGCAGUUACAGCAUCAUCAGUCGAUUCAAAGUCUGAAUAUCCCAUUAAUCUCGAAGCCUUUACCUCGUAGUGAAGAUAAAUUGUCUCGAAAUCAUAAAGAAGUUUUUAUUAGUGACUCAGAAGAACUAGAUUCGUUCAAAAAAUACUUGAGAGAAUUAGGUGGUGAAUUAGCAGAUACUACAAAUGACACGAAUCCUUAUUCAUAUCCUAAUGUUUAUGGUGAUCUCGAUAAAUUUUUAUUAAAGAUUACUGAAUUAAUUGAUAAAAAAGAAAAAUUCAAUGAUCUAGUGUUUUUAAAAGAAUUUGAUAAAAAUUUUUGUGAUGAAAUGUCUGAGGAUUCAUAUGGUGAAAAAGAUGUAACCAAUACUCAAAUUUUCAAGUCUAAUGAAAAACAAGGAAGGAUCAAUUUAUUAAGUAAUUUGAAAGUUUUAUUUAUUAACACAAUUGCUGCAGCAAUACGAUUAGAUUUUGAACAAAAAUCUACGAAUUUACACGAUUACAAAUAUUCAAGUAACAUCAGAAGUUAUUAUCAACAUAGAGAUUUACCAAAACCAAAUGAACCAAAUCAAGAAUUGAAAAAUUCAUCCAUUAGUUUAUCAUUUAAUAAGAAAUAUCAAAUACUAACAAUCAAAGUUAGUUAUGAAAUUAGUAUACCUGGCUCAAUUGAAUAUUCCCCAGAGUUUAAAAAGCUAAUUUAUGAAGUUUUGAAAAAGUUUGCUCAAUCUGGCAAUAAUAUCACAUUUGACAAGAUCACUGGUAUUAAAGUAUAUGAGCAAUUGAAAUUCAAUUUGAGCAAUUACAAUUCGAAUCUAAGUACAUCAAUCGGAAAAUUGAAUAAAGAGAAGUUUAUCAAAGAUUUUGUUAAUUUUGAGAAAGAUAUGAAGGAGUUGAAAGAUGAAGAAGAAAAAGGUGGCAACAAUAAAGAAGAUGAGGAAGUAGAAAAAGAUGAGGAUGAAGCUGACGAAUUAGAUGAUGUUGAUAUGGAAGAUGUGGAAGAAAAAACACAUCCUGAGAGUGAUGAUUCUGAUGAAGAAAGUGACGAUGAAGGUGGUAAUGAAGUUAAUACUAUAGAAGAAAAGCUAGAAAAUACGUCCUCCAUUGGCCGAUCUGAUACAAUCACAGGAGGAAAUAGAGGUUCAACAGAAUCCGUCUUUACCAAGAAAGAAGCUACUGCAGAAAUAUUGGAUCCAAUUUUUAAACCUUGA